CCCAAAACCCUUUUUCUGCAAAUCAAAAAAAAAUAUCACUCCUCACUCACUCACCAACAGUGAACCGUGUGUUUUUUAGUUUCAUCAUCAUCGGCACAAAAAUUCUCCCUAAAAAAAAUGACAAAGAAGGAGAAAAAUGCAGAUGAUUCUGAAGAAUGGUGUUUUUUCUGCAAAGAUGGCGGCGAUAUGAUUAUUUGUGAACAUAAGGAUUGUAUAAAAUCAUAUCAUGAAGAAUGUGCAGGUGCAGCUGCAAAAGCUAAAAAAUUUAUAUGUGGUGUACAUAAGUGCAACGAUUGUCGUAAAACUCCCGAUUUUCAAUGUUAUGUCUGUCCAAAUAGUUUCUGUAGACGUUGUGUCAAAGAUGCUGAUUUUGUUCGUGUCAAAGGGAAGAAAGGAUUCUGUGAACACUGCUUAAAGCUUGCUCUACUUGUGGAGGAAAACAAAGAUAUCGACUCCGAUGGGGAAACGAUAGACUUUAACAAUCUCGAGACAUAUGAGACCCUGUUUAAGGAAUACUGGUGGAUUGUUAAUGCGAAAGAAAAGUUGACUCUUGCUGAUCUAAGAUCUGCCAAGGUGCGGUUGAAAUCGGAAAAUAAUUAUGAUUCAGACAACUCUGAUGAGGGUGACGAGUAUGAAUCUUCAGAUUCCGAAGAUAAUGAGGAAAUUGAAGCACGUGAUUCGGGGAAGAAAUCGAAAAAUUCAAAGCGUGGACGGCCCAAGAAGAAUGUCAAACAACAAGUCAAAGAAAAAUCAAACAAGCCAGAGUUUAUUGGCUGGGGAUCAACCCGUCUCAUAGAAUUUCUUAAAUCUAUAGGGAAAGAUACAACUAAUGCAUUAACUCAGAGAGACCUGGAACUCAUCGUAGGGAGGUAUGCUAAGGAAAAUAACUUGAUCCAGAAGAACAAGGUAGUUGAAUGUGACGAUAGGUUAUGGUCUAUUUUUAAGAGAAAAACAAUUAGGAUGAAUAGAAUAUUUGACUCUUUGGAAACCCAUUUAGCAGAGAACCAAGUGGUAUCAUCAGAUGAAGAUGACUUAGGAUAUGAUUCAGAGGAAAAAGACGAUGAUAAUGAUGAUGACUUGGUGAUCCAUAAUAACAAGAAAAAGAAAAUGGCAGAUAAAUUAGUAGAGAAAAAAGAGGAGGUGGUUGAUAUUUCAUACUAUCGUUUUGCGUCGAUUGUCCCUGAAAACAUUAGGCUUGUGUACUUGAAAAGAAGUCUAGUUCAGAAAUUUGAAAAUGAACCUGAGACUUUUGAGUACAAGGUUAUUGGAAGUUUUGUAAGAGUUAAAGAAGACCCAAAUGGUUUCUUUUCAAAGGGUUAUCAACUUAUUCAAAUAACAGGGGUAAAGCAAUGUUCAGUUGGUGAAAAUCGACAAACUUUUGUGCUGCAAUCUCUGGAAACAGAUAUAUGUAUCAACUCACUUUCAGAUGACGACUUCUCUGAGGAAGAAUGUCAAGAUCUGAAACAUAAAGUGAAAUCUGGCAUACUUAAAAAGCUGGAAUUGGUUGAACUUGAAGAGAAGGCUAGGAGUUUGCACAGGGACAUUUUAGCCAAUUGGAUUCCCAGACAGUUGGUUUUAUUGAAACACCGUAUUGAUCAAGCGAAUGAAAAAGGAUGGAGAAAAGAGCUGCAUGAAUACUUGCAAGACAGAAUGUUCCUGGAGAAGCCAGAAAACCAGGCAAAGUUGCUUGAAAAGCUACCAAAAGUGGUUCCUGAUGUAGAAGAAAGUGAACCUCUUGAAGACGACGAGAAAGAUGAAAAGGAAUCACCAAAAUCUAUCCUAACACAUACAUCAUCUGGAAAUUUCAAAGACAUUGGGAUUAGUUCAGAAGAGACCAAACAAGAAGUGCCUGCAUCUGAAAAUUUUGAAAUGGCAAUGAAAUUAGAGAAAUUUUUCUGCUCCAUGGAGAAGCAAAACAAGUCACACAAACUGUCAGCUGUAAAAACUCCAACUCAAUUGUUCGACUCUUGUGACAGAAAGUUAAGUAUUGAUAUAAGUAAGGAGGACCUUGAAGACACAAAGAGCUCUCAGUGGUAUGUUACAAACUCAAAUGGAGAUAAGGUAGGGCCUGUUUCAUUGUCAGUGCUUAAGAACUGGACUCAAUUCCGAGUUGCAUCAGAAUCACAGAUUUACAGGGGUGUUCAAACCGAAGAACAGGCCAAACCGUUGUUGGAUGUGCUUCGUCUUGCUUUUCCUACGAAGUGAUGUUUUAUAAGGGUCACUUUGAAAAAGUUCUUUUUGACUUUGCCAUAAGUCAAACUAAGCAUGUGCAGUUUGAAGUCUAUUAGCAGUUUUAGUAAAUAACAAGAGUCGUAGUGGCUUAAUUUGAAACUCAUGUUUUGACUGCUAUAAGUCAAACAAGUAUAUUAGUUGUUCGCUAUAUAAGGUGUCUCAAGUAACCAGUGGUUUCGGGACUAGGAUGUUUAUAGUUGCGAACAGUAAGUUUGGUCUCUUCGUAAGUGGAAUGCUUUGUAGUUUAUUAUAAUUUUUGCGCUUAAAUAUGGUGAUCCGCUCUCGCCUCUGUAUGUUGAAAUA